UGGAAGAUAUUGUAGUCUGAUAUAUCUACCAAUUAAAUAGACGUUUUUAUUAUCCACAAUUAUCAUGAAUUACUGUUCGUCAUUUUACGCACAACUGUCUUUAUGGUAUGACAACUAUAAUGCACCACUACAAUCCAAUUUUGGACACAGGACAACAUUCAAAUAAUAUAUCAUAAAUUUACUCUACGGAUUCAUCAAUGACUAAAGAUAAAAAGUUGAUCCCGCAUGCUGUGUGCACUGUGUACCAACGUACUGCCUAUCCACAAACUGCACCGUACUUUUUUAUUAUUUUUGCCAAAUACAUCACGUUUAUAAUAGAAAUAUAGAAAAAAAACAAUGGCUGCCUAUAUCAAUCGUGCACUUGUACAAUCGUCCAUGAUUGGAGGAGACAGCCAACUUCGAUCAUCAGAUGUUAGAACUGAUAAUUCUCCUCUGCAGAUUUUUGUGAAGGCGAAGAAAAGGAUAAAUGAUAUAUUUGUGGAUAUAGAAAAAUAUGUAGAAGAAACUGUGGAAUUUAUGGGAUUAUUACAAAAUGAUCGUGAUAUUGUAACGGCAGAAGAAGGAGUAAAGGUCAAAGGUUACAUUGAUAAAGUGCGUGGAAUAAAAGAUGUCCUUAGAAGGGAUCAUAUGAAAGUUGCUUUUUUCGGCAGAACAAGUAAUGGAAAAAGUACAGUCAUUAAUGCUAUGCUACGCGAUAAAAUUUUACCAAGUGGUAUAGGACACACCACAAACUGUUUCCUGCAAGUUGAAGGUUCGGAAAAUGGAGAAUCGUACCUUAUUACUGAAGGAUCCACCGAGAAACAGCCAGUUCAAUCUGUCGGACAGUUGGGUCACGCACUUUGUAAAGAAAAAUUAUGCGAAAGUCAUUUAGUAAGAAUAUUUUGGCCAAAGGAGAAAUGCUUAUUGCUACGAGAUGACGUAGUAUUUGUCGAUAGUCCAGGAGUAGAUGUAACUCCAAAUCUUGAUGAAUGGAUCGAUAAACAUUGUUUAGACGCUGAUGUUUUUGUCUUGGUUGCAAAUGCUGAAUCCACUUUGAUGGUUACGGAAAAAAAUUUUUUUCAUAAAGUUUCGACAAGAUUAUCAAAACCGAAUAUAUUUAUUCUAAAUAAUCGAUGGGACGCCUCUGCUUCUGAACCAGAAUUUUUUGAUCAGCUGGUCAAAGAACAAAAGGAGGUAAGAGCCCAACAUCAGGAGCGGGCUAUUGACUUUUUAGCAAGGGAAUUGAAAGUUUAUAGUCCAAAAGAUGCUGAAGAACGGGUCUUUUUUAUUUCUGCGAAAGAAACUCUUCAGGCUCGUAUGCAAGAACAACGUGGUCAACCUGCUCAUAAUGGUGCGCUAGCAGAAGGUUUCCAAAAUCGAUAUUUCGAGUUUCAAGAUUUCGAGAGAAAAUUUGAAGAAUGUAUUUCAAAGUCUGCAGUAAAGACCAAAUUUGAACAACACUCUCAACGUGGUAAACAUAUUGCGACCGAAAUACGUCAAACGUUAGAUGAGAUAUUGGAUCGCACACAAAAAAUGCGAAACGAACAGUUGAAUAUUAAGAAGGAAGUUAAUGACAAGUUGAAUUUCACUGAACAACAAUUGAUCCUGUUAACUCAAGAAAUGAAGGAUAAAAUUCAUCAUAUCGUUGAAGAUGUGGAGCAAAGAGUCUCUAAAGCUUUAAGCGAAGAAAUUCGACGAUUGUCCGUUCUAGUGGAUGAAUUUAAUGUUCCAUUCCACCCUGAACCACUUGUUUUAAACGUAUUUAAACGGGAACUUCAUGUACACGUGGAAAAUGGAUUGGGAUCAAAUUUACGAGCUAGACUUAGCACUGCUUUACAAUUGAAUAUGGAAAAUUCGCAGCGAGAAAUGACCGAAAGAAUGGCAAGUUUAUUGCCAGAAGACAAGAAACAAAUGUCGCUCAACUUUUUACCACGACGAGAGCCAUUCGAAAUAUUAUAUCGAUUAAAUUGCGAUAAUUUAUGUGCGGAUUUCCACGAGGACCUAGAAUUUCGUUUCUCCUGGGGUUUUACAGCAUUAAUUAAUAGAUUUGCAGGAAAACAGAGUCACAGAUUAGCUAUUGCUAAUUACCCACAAGAGAUUCCACCAUGUAUUACAUCACCCGCAGAAAGUACGGAUUCCUUAAAAUUUAUUUCAAGUACACCAAACUUUCAACCAAGAUCUGAUGAUUGGUCUUUAGCUACUCGUGUAGCAAUUGCAUCUGUGACAUCACAGGGUACAAUGGGUGGUCUUAUUAUUGCUGGUUUUAUGUUGAAAACAGUAGGGUGGAGAUUAAUUGCAAUAACUGGUGCGAUAUAUGGUGCUUUAUAUCUCUACGAACGUCUAACGUGGACUAAUAGCGCGAAGGAACGCGAAUUUAAACGACAAUACGUUUCGCAUGCUACGAAGAAACUGCGAUUGAUUGUAGACCUUACUUCUGCAAAUUGCAGUCACCAAGUGCAACAGGAGCUCUCCAGCACAUAUGCACGACUCUGUCAUUUAGUAGACGAAACAACGUCCGAAAUGGACAACCAUAUUAAAACUAUAACAAAUACAUUAGGAAAUUUGGAAAAAGCAGCGUCUAAGGCAAAGCAUCUUCGAAAUGAGGCCAACUUUUUAAUAAAUGAACUCGAAACAUUUGAUGCAGCAUAUUUAAAGCCUUUGAAUUAAGUAAACAAUCUAUUUUAUAUAAAUCUGCAAGAGAAUUAAAAUAGUAUAAUUUAGAAAUACUUCUAUGCGAAAAUAAUUUAAAUUUGAUUAAUAUUCGUUUUUUAUUCUAAAAAAAGUGAUAAUUAACACCGUACGUGACAAUUAACGGCAAUUUACAUAGCUAUAUAGAUUUAUAUUCUCAUCGUACGUUUAGAAAUUAGAACGGUUGUCUAAUUCUCGUAUUUGCUUGAAAAAUGUAAUAUUAGACAACAUUUAUAGAGUUGAACAGUUGUUAUUUAAAUGUACGAUGAUAUAAUAUCGAACACAUAGUCUCCUAAAGGAAUGUUUCUACCUGAUACAAAAACUCUAGUCUUAAUAUACACAUAAAAAUCAAUUUCUUAUAAUAGAUUUUGUUAAAUAACUUAUUGUUAUUGAUAAUAACAUUUCUUUUACAAUAAAAAAACUACAAUAAUUCGACAUGUAAUCGAUUAUGUCACACAGGAAAUGAAUUAAGGGCAGAUUUAGUACAUGUAUACUUUAUCCUUUUGGAAGGCAUUUGAUUAUAUCGAAGUUUAUAUCGAAAAUUUAUUAAAUGUUUAUUCUAUUGAAUUUAUUUCCAUAAAUUAAUCAAGCUUAGAUCUAUUGCCGAGAUACAAAUCUUAUUCGAUUGAAAAAAUAAAGUGAUAUAUAACUAUAUCUUAUUAGAUUGUAUUUGCCGAAGAGAAAAUAUAUGUUAAUUGUAAAACUAUAAAUAAAUGUGGUUAAUUAUAA